AUGAUGAUGGUUUCUUUUAUCAACAUUGCAGUCAUCCAGAUGACAUCGCUCCUGCUUGUGCUUUUGUCGUUAUGCCUAGCCAUAGACGCAAUUUGGCGUGUGCCCAUAUCCAAAACAGUUCUUGAUCGAAGUUCUUUCAAAAAGGAUGCCAUAGCUGAAUUUCUGAGACAGAAAUAUAUCAAAAACUACACGUUCGGCUAUGACUAUCAAGAGGGACUCUCCAAUUACUUUAAUGGCGAGUACUACGGUACUAUCCAGAUUGGAACUCCUCCUCAAACAUUCAAAGUGGUAUUUGACACCGGCUCGUCGAACUUAUGGGUUCCCUGUGCAAAUUGUCCGUCCUCCGACCUAGCCUGCUUAUCUCAUCAGAAGUUCAAUUGUUCACAAUCGUCAACUUGCACCCAAACGUACCAGUCUUUUCCUCUUUAUUACGGGACGGGCUCAACGCAGGGUUACGUUGAUAACGAUGUCGUCUGCUUUGGAACGAAUCAUCAGUACUGUACCAACAGCCAACAAGGAUUUCUUUGUGCAAUGCAAGAGCCCGGAGACACAUUCCUUUACACACCAUUCGACGGCAUUCUCGGAAUGGCAUGGGAUUCGAUUGCAGAAGGAGGCGUUGCUCAACCUAUGACACAGAUCUUUGCUAAUCAGACAAUUUGCCCAGAAGCCGUCUUUGCUUUCUGGCUGAAUCGUGACCUCUUCAAUAAUGCCAUCGGUGGAGAGCUGACUCUGUGUGGAAUUGACCCGACCCAUUAUCAGGGCAAAAUUGCAUGGGAGCCGCUAAUCUCGGAGACCUACUGGCAAAUCCAACUCGGAGGGUUAACCGUCAACGGGCAGCAAAUCAUCGAUGGUCCCGUCGGAGCAAUCGUUGACAGUGGCACCUCACUCAUUUUAGGACCACCUUCGGUGGUCCAAGAGAUCCAACAAGCCAUUGGAGCAGACGAAUACGGAUCGAUCGACUGCAGCACUAUUCCCAGUCUUCCACCAAUCACCUUCACCAUCGGUGGCGCAGAGCUGACCUUGACGGCAAAUCAAUACUUGAUCCAGUAUACCGACGGAACGUGCACAUCCGGCUUCCAGGGGGACCAAAGUCCAGCUCCCGGUGUCUCAUGGGUCCUCGGUGACGUCUUCAUAGGGGCCUUCUACUCGAUAUUUGACCAUGCAAACAAGCGAGUUGGAUUUGCUGUAUCAAAGCAUGUCUAA